GGGCUCGGCUGUGCCGCGGAGCUGCCCGAGGGCUCGGCGCCCCGGCGGCACCAUGCUCGGCGUCGUGCACUUCCUCCGGAGCUUCUUCAAGACUCCAGAGACAGGGGCGCACCUGCCUGGUGAAAGCAAGAGCCAAGAUAACCAGCUGCCCCCACGCCCUGCGGAGGAGCAGAGAUGGAGCCAGGAAACAGAUCGUGAGGACUCUGAGACCUUGUCCCUUCAGAGUGGGAGCCGAUCAGACACAAAAACAGAUCCUUUUGGAAGUGCCUCUGACACUGAGUCCCUGCCUGCUGAUCUCGCUGGGGGAGUCUGCCUCUCUCCAAGUGGUCCCUUGGUAGACAGAGAAACGGACUGGGAAUGUCCUGAUGGCCCAGCAGCUAGACUUCCUCAGGAGCAGCACUUCUCCUAUGUCUUUGGCCUUGAUGCAGAGGAGGAACUGGAUUUGUUUCCUGGCUUGAAGGAAGACAUUUAUGAAAACAAGUGGCAUGCCUCGGCUACAGUUGCUGGAAAAGGGGAACAAGAUGCUUCCUGGGACUGCGUGACCAGCCUGGAGCAAGAGUCUCCCCUGGUCGGGUGCUCCCUGCAGGGGGCCACGGGCGGAAGCAGUCCCCAGCUGGCACAGAGGAUAGCUGGUCAAGACCACAGCGGGCUCUGCGUGGUUUCCCUGCAGAGAGUCCAGUCCGAGGGCGAUCUGGACAUGCCCAUGGCCUGUUCCUGUGCUCUGCAACACUGCAAACUGUAUCAGAGCUGGCCACGUGCUCACAGCAGGGCCCAGGCACCAGCACUACCUCGCAUAGCCCGGCAGGUCAGCAAAGUGCUCCUGUGGACCAGGACAGAGAAGAGAAGUCCUCCAGACCCCACAGUCUGUGCCCAACACUGCUUGGGUACACCUUACCUCUUACACACCAGGUUUCACCUCAGUGCCCCAGCAAACAUUGGUGGUAAUGGAGGGGUAUCCCCCAAACACCUCUGUCGGCAUAGGAGGACUCGGGUCAGGACCCAUUCCAUAGCGGGGCUUCCUUCAGGUUAUUGCAAGGAGCCCAUGGGGGGCAACAUUGUGACAUUUGGGACGCAUUUGAUGAAAGGGGUAGAGAUAGAACCAGAUCCAAGAACACAAAGCAGCCUUCCCCGUGCGGCCACCCGACUGUCUCAGUUACUUCCGGCUGCGCGAGGCAGGGCUCCCCAUCUACAGGAUAAGUACAAGCCCGGGGAUUGUGGCUUUCAAGGGGCCUCCCGGGACACACCCUGUGUGGUUCUCCCACAGGAAAACCAGGUGGAACGGGCUUCUAGGUCAUGCCCAGACGCUUCACACUUCUCUUCAGAACUGUUGAAGCCUGGCAGUCAGGAGGAAGUGCCUGGGCCAGCUGAAGGCAAGCUGGGGCACAGCCCAGAGAGCCGACCUGAGGAACCCCGAGGUGCCCGCCCUGCUGAUGUGAGCAGUAAACAAAAGUGCCUUCAAGACGCUUCUGCUAAGGCAGGAAACCUGCCCAGGGACUGCACAGCAAAAGGUGUUCUCAGUGAGGAGAGAGAGCUGCCUGGGAGGGCCAGUUGCCCCCAUCACCAGAGCCAUGGGGAGACCCCCAUGUGCGACAGAGGUCUGGUGGGCUGCUGGGAAGUGAGUGGCAGUGCCCAUGCUGCAGACACCACUCUGGAAGCAGGGGCACGAGCUCCUUCAGAAGACCCAGAAGAGGCAAUGAUUCUAGACCCUGACGGCAGGGAAAGGGCCUUGUGGCGUCUUUCAGAAUUCCCAGCCCCCAGGGCAUCACACUGCAGUACUGGAAAUGAGUGUGACCAGGUGCCUAGGGAUGGUGCCAGCCUGCAGCUGGAGCCCAAAGCACAGGCUGCUCCUGGGCACAGUUACACCCUCAUCAUCCUAGCUGUAGCGCAGAAAGGUCUACAGGCCACUACAGGGAAGGCCAGCCUUCGGCUAGAGUCAGAGUCCAGCGAUUUCUUAGGGGAAAGCACUGGGACUCUGCAAAGUGUAGGUGCCACUCAGUGUGAGUUCCCCAGGAACUCAGAAACGUCCAUUGGUGGCAGUGGGUGUGAGCUGCCAACAUGCCCCACCGUGGGGAACGAGGACCGGUGUCUCCAGCUGCUGGCAGGAGGCGCAAAGCCGGGGGAAGUUCUGGUCUCCAGGGCCACUUCAGAAGCGACCCUGGGCACAGAGGAGCCCCUGAAUGAGAGGCUGCCUGGGGAAAGCUCUGAACUGGAGCUUGUGGGUGCAUGCCCAGAAAAGGCCAUCUGCCCCGAGGGAAGCCGCCAGCCCCACAGCAAGGAACACAGACAGGGAGAUGUGGGCCUUGAGAGUACAGAUGCCCCUAACGCAGGGAAGGACGAGCUCCCUGCGGUUGACCCUGAGGGAGCCACAGCCACAGCCAGGGUCCCCGCAGCAGCUGGGUCCCUGGGAGCUCACCACGGGCUCCGCCAGGGUGCUCGGGAGGGCAGGCAGCGCCCCACACUUUUCCAGGUGACCUCUUUAAGGACCAGCAGUCCCGUAGUCAUGGAGAGCCCUGGGGUGGGCACGCCCUGUGCUGCCCUGACCCCGGAGGCUGAGGCCAGCCUGGCGCAUCCUGGCCCGGAGGCGCACCUCCCUCCCAGUCCCUCUGUCCCGGAUGGCCCGCGCCGGGAGUGUGCAGGGACACCCGGGGACCUCAGCAGCACCGCCAAGAAACUCCGAACAACGGAGAGCAAGCUCAGGACCAGACUGGCUUUAGCUCAUAGGACCUUUUCCAAUUUUUUCGAGGGAAAAAUUGCGGAAAAAGUGAAUGCUGAAGAACGUUCUACUGGUUCUGUCAAGGGCGAGAAGGGCAGGCAGCGCCAGAGCUCCUGGCGCAUUUUUCUGAGAAGCAAAGAUGUGGAGAGCCCCAAGAGGCCCCCCUCAGAGAAGAGGGUUCCAGGACCAGAAGUUGUGGAUUCACGCAGUCCUUCCCCACCAGUGACCGGGAGUCACAGUGAACGGUCGGCCGAGGACACUGCCAGCUGUGUUUGUGGAGACUCCUGGGUGCCCCCACAGCACCCUGCAGCUUUGUCACCCAACAGUUUGGUUUCCCCAGAACUCAGGAGGAAAAGUGAGCCAACCAUAAAACACACAACUGCCCAGGAAGGUGGUGGGUGCCUCCUGUCCUGUGUGUGCCCGGAACAGGCCUGGCUGAUCUCCUCCACCAGUCCUGGAGCCCAGCAGGCUGGCAUCAGCCGUGCCACCCCCUGCAGCUCUGCUUCUUGUCUGUCCAUGAAAAGCCAAGGUAUGCCCUGCAGACCCACAAGCCCCAAGCCGCAGAGUCCCAGGCCCGGGGCGCAGCAGGCUGCCUUCUGCCUGCCCGGCAGGACUAAUGCCAUCUCCAUGGUUUCUCUUGGGAGCUACCGGGAAGCGGACAAGGGUUCAUCAGCCUCUGAAAGGCUCAAGACUCCCAAGGCCAGGACAAGCCUCCUGCUGUCUCUGCAGACACUAAGCCAGAAUGACCAGGAGGAAGACAACAGGUACACAGGCCAGUGUCACCAGGGCCUCCGUGCGUCACCCUCUCUGAGAGACCUUCCUGGGAGUGAGAGUCACGUCUCCCUGGAGAAACUACCAGGCACGAAUCUCAGUUGCUCCCAUGGUCAGACAGCUUCUCACGCGGAGCCUGUUCUGAGGCCACUGUCCACCACCGAGAUGGUGAUGUGGACCCCACCUUCCGUCCCCACCGAGGAAGUACCUAGAGAGCUCUCUUCACAGCCCGGGAGGGGCUCUAGGCACCCAGACUUCAGCGUGGAUGACCUGUGGGUGGAGAAGAUUCAGCGGAAGAAGCUGGAACAGCGUGGGAAACUUAGAAGGAAGACAUGUGUGGGGGUGGUGCAUGCAGACCAAGCCCAGUGCUGGAGGAAGACAGCUGUCACCUCUCCAGAGUCUCUGCACCUCCCUAGAAGAAGCCAUCUGCUCUCCCAGAGUGCCCCGAUGGGACUGGACCACACUGGCUGCCCAGAGCCCACGCCUGACAUGGGGUUGCCUGAUGGAGCUCUGGACACGGUCAUCUGUGCAGAGGAGACAGGCAGUGAAGAGGACCUAUAUGAGGACCUUCAUAACUCUGGCCACCACUACAGCCACCCUGGAGGAGGUGGAGAGCAACUGGCCAUCAACGAGCUCAUCAGUGAUGGCAGUGUGGUCUGUGCUGAAGCCCUUUGGGACCAUGUCACCAUGGACGACCAGGAGCUGGGCUUCAAAGCUGGAGAUGUCAUCGAAGUGAUGGAUGCCACCAACAGAGAGUGGUGGUGGGGCCGUGUGGCAGAUGGCGAGGGGUGGUUUCCAGCCAGCUUUGUGCGGCUGCGGGUGAACCAGGACGAGCCCUCGGAGGAUGAGCUUCCCGGGACUGGGGCCCGUGAGACUGCGGAUGGUGGCGUGGAGGUCCAGAGCAGUAAGGACCAGAUGCGCACCAAUGUCAUCAAUGAGAUCCUCAGCACAGAGCGGGACUACAUCAAGCACCUGCGCGACAUCUGUGAGGGCUACGUCAGGCAGUGCCGCAAGCGCGCAGACAUGUUCAGUGAGGAGCAGCUACGCACCAUCUUCGGGAACAUCGAAGACAUCUACCGCUGCCAGAAGGCUUUUGUAAAGGCCCUGGAGCAGAAGUUCAACAGGGAGCGCCCACACCUGAGUGAGCUGGGUGCCUGCUUCCUGGAACACCAAGCGGACUUCCAGAUCUACUCCGAGUACUGCAACAACCACCCCAAUGCCUGUGUGGAGCUCUCCCGGCUCUCCAAGCUCAGCAAGUAUGUGUACUUCUUUGAGGCCUGCCGGCUACUGCAGAAGAUGAUCGACAUCUCCCUGGAUGGCUUCCUGCUGACCCCAGUGCAGAAGAUCUGCAAGUACCCCCUGCAGCUGGCCGAGCUGCUCAAGUACACGCACCCCCAGCACAGGGAUUUCAAGGACGUGGAGGCCGCCCUGCAUGCCAUGAGGAACGUGGCCCAGCUCAUCAACGAACGGAAGCGGAGACUCGAAAACAUAGACAAGAUUGCUCAGUGGCAGAGCUCCAUAGAGGACUGGGAGGGGGAAGAUCUCUUGGUUAGGAGCUCGGAACUCAUCUACUCGGGGGAGCUGACGCGUGUUACCCAGCCUCAAGCCAAGAGUCAGCACAGAAUGUUCUUUCUCUUUGACCGCCAGCUCAUCUACUGCAAGAAGGACCUGCUCCGCCGGGACGUGCUGUACUACAAGGGCCGGCUGGACAUGGACAGGCUGGAGGUGGUGGACGUGGAGGAUGGCAAGGACAGAGACCUCCACGUGAGCGUCAAGAACGCCUUCCGCCUGUUCUGCGGGGCCUCGGGGGACAGCCACCUACUGUGUGCCAGGAAGCCAGAGCAGAAGCAGCGCUGGCUCAAGGCCUUUGCCAGAGAGAGGGAGCAGGUGCGGCUGGACCAGGAGACAGGCUUCUCCAUCACUGAGCUGCAGAGGAAACAGGCCAUGCUCAACGCCAGCAAGCAGCAGGCCACAGGGAAGCCUAAAGUCAUCAGCAGGCCCAGCUAUCUGACCCGCCAGAAGCACCCGGCGUUGCCCACCACCUGGCCCCAGCAGCAGGUUUUGGUGCUGGCAGAACCCAGGCGGAAGCCGUCCACCUUCUGGCACAGCAUCAGCCGACUGGCACCCUUCCGCAAGUGAGCCAGAACGGACCUGGCGGUUUGUGAACAUGCAGCCCCAGUGUGUUCUGAGGUCUCCUGCAGCUGGCCCUCUGCCCGUUCUGUCAACAAAGAACCAGAGCCUUACCAGGGUGCCUCUGGUGUGCUGGUCCCUGACUUCUUCCCCACUGGAGUGUGGUGUUGAGUGGGCACUCAUCUCUGCUUUGGUCCACACUCUGGACCUGCUCAAGGCCUCCACUGACAGUAGCCUGACAGCCUCAACUCCACUGAGCAGGCCAACAUGCAGAGCUAUCUGGUGACUCUGGAGUCUUCUUUGGAAAGCUAAUAACCUCCACUCUCAUGGUCUCUGGGCAGGAGACUGGUCAUCAGCCACCUGAAAAACUGGGGUGUGUCCCCUCUGCUCUCCAAACUGGCCUUUCAGGCACCUGGUCCAGCUGGUGGUACCAGGCCACUUGGCAACUUCCGAGGGUAAUGAACCAGGAGUUCUGUGCUCAAAGUCUGGCUCACAGUUGCCCUUCUGCUUUUUGGCCCCUCUUUAGACACCGCCGGCUGAAGGACAUGCAACUUCCCUUGUGACAUGUGCAGCGAGAACAAAACCAGCCAGCCAGCCACCCACCCAAGUACCUGGGUCUGAAUGUGCUGUGUAAUCAUGGGGUGACCGAGAAACACUUGGUUCCUGUGAGGACUUAGUCGUGUUGUCUCUCUAACAAUGGAGAAAAGUAAUUGUUAGUGACACAGGAAGAUUGCCUUACCCUAGUGAGCCUGAGAAGCCAUAGGACUGCGUUCUGCGGCCCGGCAUCCAGACCUGCUGCUCUGGCCCCAGUGCUGGCAGGGGACCGCAGCCAGGCCUGUGCGUCGGUGCCGAGGCCACGGGAGCCAGCGGCAUGGACAGUCACUCUUGCACUGUACCUUCUCCAAGCCAGAAAUGACAUCUAAUUUCAUAAAGAAACUUGUGAAAAGCC